AUGCACAAUAAUGAUGAGUCAAACGACGCCGCUAAUGCGUCCAAGUUUAAUUCUUUCAUACUUUCGGCUUUAGAACCAUAUCAGUGGUGUUUCGCUUACUUCGGCCUAAUGGCGCCACCGCCGUUCUUCUCCAGCAACAAACAAACGAAAUGCAAAACAAUACUGCAGCGCCUCCUCUAUGUUAUGUAUUCAUUAGUGUUGCUCUCGAUAACAAUUUGUGCAACUUACAUAAAUAAUGCUUACAUAAGUGACGAUAUUGCGAAAGAUGACUUAGAUGUCAUCACUGCUAUACUGGAUAUCGGACAAAGCAUUAGUGUGACGGUUAUACAAAUGAUACUGCAAAUGACGGCAUUGCUGGGCUAUCGUCAGUUAUGCAAUUUUUUGGUAGCCAUAGUUAAACUGGAGGAAGAAAUACAAUGGCAUUGCAACAUGUUAGCCGCAACAGAUAGGCAGUCCAAGCGCCGCUACAGUUUACGUCGUCGUCUAGCGUUACACACAGGAAUUUUAAUUGUAUUCCUUUUCAUAGUUAUGCCGCGGGUACAAUUUGCGCUCCUGAUCAAAACAAUGCCAUUCAUCUAUAAGAUGUUCACUGUGUUCUCGGGAAUUAUGAUACAAAUUGGCAGUGUACAGUUUUGUGUUUUCGUUGAAGUGAUACAUGAGAUGUUGUUGCAGUUGGAAGAGAAUAUGUUGCUAUUGCGUCAUGAGUUUGUGAAACCAGCGGAUGGCAAUGUUUCGUUGCAGAAAAUGUUGUACGAAAGUUUGCAAGCGAAUCAAAAUUUAUUGGCUCGCGUUUGGCAUUUAGUAGGCACUAUUGAACGUUACUAUUCACUGCCGAUGUUCGUUCUAUUAUUUAACAAUAGCUUGGUCAUCCUGCAUAUUUCGAACUGGAUUUACCUUGAUUCAUCUGAGCCAUUUAACUAUUAUCAAGGUGGUUUUAUUGCAAUUAUGAUUCUAAAUAUGUUGGUUCCCUGCUGGCUCAGUCAAAUUUGUAUUAAUACGUACAAUCGCUUUGGAACCUUAUUGCACAAUUUAAGAACCGAUGACUUGGACAUUGUACUAAGCAUGCGACUAAAGGAAUAUUCACUACAACUCAUGCAUCAGAAGAUAGUCUUUAGUUGCGGUGGAUUCUUCGACUUCAAUUUAAGGAAUUUUGGGGCGUUAUUGCUCACCAUUAUUAUGUACAUUGUUAUUAUGAUACAGUUUAAAUUGCAAAGUGAUCCCAAUGCGUCAACUAAACAAAGUCGAUAG